AGGCUCCAUGUUGUUCGUCAGCCCAAGCGAACAAGUGUUCGGGCCCCCAAACUCUCACGUUGCAACUCCGUGCUCGAAGUGUUCGUGGAAGUGAGUUUGACCCCCGUGAAACAACAUGGCAGAUUACCGGGAUGACACCGGAGCUCGGGCCCUGCUCGCCUUGCAGUCGGCGCCUUGCAGCCCCGUGCGAGUGGCCGUCAGCAACCACGCUUUCCACCACCAGCCGUCGCUCGCCUUCCUCGGUCCGCCGCUGACGGGCGCCGCCGGCGGCGGGAUGCUCCCCGCUCGCCUGGCGUCUCCUCUCCCCCAGGCCUUGGCUAGACUCGAGGGCCGGGACUUUGAGUUUGUCAUGCGCCAGAGGACCGUCACUAUCGGCCGAAACUCUUCACACGGCUCCGUGGACAUUAACAUGGGUCACUCGAGUUUCAUCUCGCGGCGGCACCUGCAACUCUGCUACGACGAGACGAGCGGCUUCUCGCUGCGGUGCCUGGGCAAGAACGGCGUGUUCGUGGACGGCGUGUUCCAGCGAAGAGGGGCGCCACCGUUACAGCUUCCCCGAGAGUGUGUCUUCCGCUUUCCCAGCACGGUCAUCAAGAUCCAGUUCAUGUCGCUCAUCCCCUCCGAGGAUCUGCGGGAAAAGGAGGCGCCCUCGCCCCCAAUGCGCCCACUCUUGCCUCACAUCUCCCCGCUCAAGAUCAGUAUCCCCACCGCACAGCAGCAUGAAGAGCACAUCAGGGCAUUCGGCUCGCCGCUGCCGUCGCCCACCGGCACCCUCAGCGUUCCCAACUCAUGCCCGGCCAGCCCUCGUGGCGCUGGGUCGUCGGGAUAUCGCUAUGGCCGUAACGUGACGAACGACCUGCAGCUUGCGGCGGAGUACGCAGCCAAAGCCGUUUCGGAGCAGAGGCGUAACAUCGCUGACCAGCGGGGAGCGGCCGGAGAGCCCCGAGGGGAGUCGGCCAGCGGCGGCGAUAGCCCCAAGGAUGAGUCCAAGCCGCCGUAUUCGUAUGCUCAGUUGAUUGUUCAGGCCAUUUCCUCAGCGCCCGACAAGCAGCUGACACUCAGCGGCAUCUACGCUCACAUCACUAAACACUACCCCUACUACCGCACUGCAGACAAGGGCUGGCAGAACUCCAUCCGACACAAUCUGUCACUGAACCGCUACUUCCUUAAAGUGGCGCGCUCGCAGGACGAGCCAGGCAAAGGCAGCUUCUGGCGCGUGGACUCUGCCUCGGAAAGCAAGCUUGUGGAGCAAGCCUUCCGUAAGCGAAGGCAGAGGGGUGUGGCCUGCUUCCGGACCCCCUUCGGACCCCUCUCAUCCCGGAGUGCCCCCGCGUCACCCACCCACCAGGGACUGCUUUCUCCACCGUCUAGUGGGCUGCAAACCCCUGAAUGUCUUAGUAGGGAGGGAUCCCCCAUCCCUCAAGACCACCACGAGCAACUUGCGCACAAACUGGCCGCUGUGCCGGAAUAUCGUUACACACAGAGUGCACCAGGAUCUCCGGUCGGCGCACAGCCCGUAAUCAUGGCGGCGCCUCCACACCCGGGUGCCGCCCUCAGCAAGGCCGUGGCCCUUAUCCCUCGGGGCGGUGGCCAGGUCCACCUUCUCCAGAAUCCCCCGCCGUCCUCCGUCACUAUGUUGCGCGUGGUCUCUGGCGCCCCGCCCAACGGCUACUGUGCUCCGUCUUUGGUCACCACCGCAUCGUGUGGUGGGGAGCUCAGAGAAGCGCAGAUGAAUCGUGAGCUCGUCAUUCAGACGACCGAGGGCCCCGCGCAGUCGGCCGAUGCGCGCAACACGGCGCUGGGGCUGCAUCAACUCGCCGUGCACCCUGUAACACACAACGGGAAGCUCGCUGCCGUCUCCACGGCAGCUGGCCUCGCCGCUUUCACUUCAGGUCUAAGCAGUCCUCUCCAGAUUCUGGCGACUCAGGCCUCCAGCUCCCCUCCAGUAGUGGUGAGUCAUCCGCUUUCCGCCAAGCAACUCAGCACGGGCGGCGAACCUCAGGCCAAGCGGUCUAAGAUAGAUGACGGCGAAGCCACCGCCACCCAGCAACCUGUUAUCGUCGCCAUGAUGCCACAAAGCUACGAGGCCAGGAAGUGAACCCCCUCCAAAAAAAAUAUGCCCGGAAAAAACACCUGAAGGGAAUUUUAUCAUGAAAAGAUCAGACUUUUAGAAAAGAAAUUGAAGCAAACACUACUUGUGAACGUUUUUCUCGGGCAAAAAUAUGAGAUGACUGAGUCGCCAAAGAGACGAUGACCCAUUUGCGACUAUUGUCUCGGUUGACUAAAUUGUAGCAAUCGUUUUUAACCACUGAAUUAAAACAGUGUGUUCAUUCGUGAUAAGUGAUGGUUGUUGUCGAAAACCCUGAGCGGGGGUGUCCAAACAUAUUUCUUAAAGCAGGGGUUCCCAACCUAUUCCACUAAGGCACACUGUGGGUGCAGGAUUUCAUUCUUACCAAACAAGAUGACAACACUUUUUCCCCAAUCUGGUGUUUUACAAGUGCAAUCAGUUGAUUGCAGUCAGGUGUGGCUUGUUUUAGCAGAAGCCUCAUUGGUUCAACUGUCUCUGCUGGAUCGGCUGGAACAAAAACCAGGACCCACAGUGUGCCUUGAGGACUGGGUUGAAAACCCCUGUCUUAAAGGACUGCUUUCAGAAAUAUUGAAGGAUGCAAGGGCCAACUUGAAAAUUUUCAACUUUUUUUUUGUUCAAUACAACAGCAAAAUAUUUAUCUCCAUAGUGUACAUCACUAAUAUUUUUACACACACAGUCUUUUCUGGACUAUUAGUCACAUUUUUUUUCUAGAGAUGUCCCGAUCACAUAUUUUUGCACCCGAGACUGAGUCACCUGAUGUAGAUUUUUUGGGGGUUUGCGAUACAUUGCAAAUCUUGCGAUAUUAUAUUACGAUAUUAAAACUAGAAGAAUUUUCACCGGAUAACUUGAAUAGCUUUGUUUGGGAUAGGCCUGAACAAUAUUGGAUGAAUUAACAUUAUGGCCUUGGCAAUAUACCAGUAUAUUGCCAAGGCUCCACACCUACUUUUUGCAUUGGUUGCCCUGGUGCGCAUAAUAUUUUUUCUUCAGGUGCACCAGCACAAAAUGUAGGCACACCCACAUUUUUCAUUGCAUCACCUUUAACUCCAUACUUUUAAUCACUCACCAUAACAUUCAUAUAAUUGAUAUGAGUAAGUCCACUCAAAUUCUCACGCUUUUGACGCUCACACUGCCAAGAACAGCCUCUAGACAACGAAGAUUGACUAAACCAGUGUUUUUCAACUGGUGUGCCAAGGCGCACGAGAUCAUCAGGUGUGCUGCGAGAAAUUACUCGAUAUCACAUUUCUUUUUUACGUCGUCAGGCGGAGUUGCAGUAGGAAGGAAGGGGUUGGUAGAAGGUUGCGGUCGUGUGCAGAUGAGCGAGGUAUUGCUCGUGUCGCGUUCAAGAACUGCUCGGAUUUCUAGCCAUCAGCCACCUUGUUGUCUGCAAUAAUGUGGACCCCGGCACGUCUACUGUACAUCAUUUGAUUAGACUCAUCAAGUGUCGAUAAUCACGAAAGUGUCCUUUCCAUUUUAUCCAUAUGGGACAAACAUCAAUCUUCCCCCUUUGUUUUAUUCCAACAAAUUGUCGAGGACAGCAAGGUGGCUGAUGACUAGAAAUCUGAGCAGUUCUAGAAAGCGAUCGAACAGCGCCAUGAUGCCAAGCAAGCUUAAAUGUGAUCUCCAAAUGAAACACUGAUCGCUUCUAAACAAGUCGAUGGACUAUUUUGUUUGCCUUCAUGGAAACGGAGAAAAAGGCAACUUUUUUUAGAAAAACCACAAAGGUAAAUGAGAAAGCCCUUAGAACCGUGGGGUAGAGACAUUAAUACUACCUGCCUGCAAAACCAUUGUCAGCGAGAUGCUCGGCCCUGAUGCGGUUAAAGACGUUGCUAAAGUCCCCCUGUCUGAUAAUUCUGAGCUAUUCAAGCCUAACUGCUAUAGAAACAAAAACAUGGACUGAGAGUUGUUGAAGAAGAUACCUGCAAGGAUAUCAGCUUUGUGUUCAUCUAAACAGGCUCAAGUUUCAUACUGAGUACCGUAAUUUUCGCACUAUAAGGCACACCUGACUAUAAGCUGCCCCCCACCACAUUUGACACGAAAACUGUAUUCGUUCAUAGAUAAGCCGCACUUGACUAUAAGCCGCAGCUGUCCUCACCAUAUAAUGAGAUGUUUACACGAAAAAUGUCAACCGGUAACACUUUAUUUGACAUCGGCAUCAUAAGACUGUCAUAAGACCAAAUGAACCACCGUGAAGCUUUCAACCAAUCUGCUUUAGAGCUUCAUUGCGUCAAGAAGCUUCACUUUGGCCAUGACUGUUUUCUUGGGGGAGAAAGUCAACCUCUGCUGCCACCUGCUGUCAACAUUGUUGUGGUCCAACAUGCCUCUUAGCAUGCAUAGCAGCGCUACAGAUGUCAAUAACAAAUCAAAAUUCAUGCUCUGUGCUAAUUAUUUCUUCAGUUACUGUUCUAGUUGUUUCGUCAAUUUCUAGUUAUGGAAUUUGGUAACACAUUAUUUGACAGUGGCGCCAUAACACUGUCAUAAGACCAUCAUAAUUAGGACAUGACAUUAUCAUGGGCCAAUGCGCAUGAUACAACAAAUAAGCUGCACUUAAAGCCAUAGGAUUCAAAUGAGGGAAAAAAGUAGCAGCUUAUAGUCCAAAAUUACGGUAAGUAUAAAUAUUGCGAUUUUUUAAUUAUUAUUAAAUAUACUGUACAUAAAGUAACUUUGGAACAUUUUUGGUUUGUGGUGUACCGUAAGAUUUUUUUCCAAUGUAAAAACGUGCCAUGACUCAGAAAAGGUUGAAAAACACUGGAUUAAACGAUUGUUAACACAUUUGUGCCUUUGAUCGUAGAGCAACAGAGCCUUCUCUCACCAGAUCAAAGCUACAAACCUGUCAAUCAUCGUUGACUUUAAGUAGCAAACUCGGCUGUACUGCUGACCAAGAAAAGCAGCAGGAGGGAGAGUGAGAGGUUGUACGAGCAUGAAGUAGAAAAACAUAUAUAUAAUACAUAUAAUACACAUAUAUAAUGUAUUUUUUAAAUUAAAAACUCGAUCAUUUUCACUCAAUUCCAGUCCUCUGAAAAAUGGCACGAUCAGGCACGAUUUCCGAUCAUGUGAACGGACCGGGACAUACCUAGUUUUUUUUUUCCCCCCUCUGACAGCAGCAAGAUUGUUAUGUUGUGUUGUUUAGGCUAUACUAGUUAUCAGAAAUGCUGUUAAUAUGUUAACUGAUGCCUAUUUAGCCUGUUGUUCUCCAUUUUACCAUUAUGACUUUAACAUAAUAUUGUUUCUUCUUUGUUUCUAAUAAAUUAAAAAUACGACUUA